AUGGCGGAGCAUGUGUUCUUCCCUGAUAAACCCCCAAAGCCUCUUCAGAUCAAGUACGACGGCUUGCUAUAUGAUGGAGGCAAUUGGGAUCAGUUCCCGAUUCGCUAUGGCUGGAAAUUGGAAACAGGAGCUGAAAAGUUCCCUCGACGGGCAAUCCCGAAGAAAUUCCAUUCUGGUAUAGCAAGCUGGCUCUACUUUGGCAUGCUUCACUAUGUGUUCGGGGACAAGCUGGACCAGUCCGAUUUUCUUCUGUGCAGGGAAGAAGGCCCCCAGCAGUACAUAACGACAAAGCAUCUUCAUAAAUAUAUCGACGACGCCAAGGAAUGGAAGAAGAAGAAACUUGGCGAGCGAGCCGUUGACAUUGUCAAGAAAGUCUGCGAGCAACUUUCAGUAUACGGCAAUUAUUAUGUGCAGGAUGACAUGUCAUUGGCCAUUCGGUUGGUCUGCUAUGUGCUCUGGGACAUUGCAGUCAAGCGAGACGGUCCUCAGACCCAGACCUCUCAUGUUAGGCUAUGGAUGUUCACCGGAGAAAAUGAGACCAAGCGGAUGGUCGCAGAGGGAUGGUGCCCCUUGGAUGCAGCGAAGUGUCGCGUGGCCGGUGGCGGAGUGGACACCCCGGCGUAUCUGCUUCAGUUGAUGCGUGUCAAGGCCGAGUGGAACACGAUAACGCAUGAGUCCUGCACGAAUACGGAAUGUGUGGCAAACAACGUCGAUGAGAGCGACUAUGUUACUCGACACGUACAGGAGGAUUGCACUUGUUCGCACCUCCAGUCAAAUGUCGAACAGCUGCAUACAAUUCUCCGGGAUGGGGGGGUUCCCCUUUUGAUGAUCACACCUAGUGGCGAGGACAAGCUCGGCGACCAGACGUUCAAGAUCGAGAUCGUGAGAAAGCGCGUUGGCAAGCAAUACUUGGCCAUCUCACAUGUGUGGUCCGAUGGUUUGGGCAACACGCAGGGCAACAGUCUCCCGCACUGCCAAUUAAAACUCCUCUAUGAGGAGGCAAGGCGUGUCCUCACUGGUGGUGAGUAUGUCCCUCGCUAUGAGGGUGGUCCAUUUGGACCACUACACACUGGCGCGGCUCGACUUGCCCAUUUCGCGGGCAGCCAAGCUCUGCGUAGAGAUGAUUCAGUACUGUUAUGGAUUGAUACCUUGUGCAUACCACAUCAGCCCGACGUUCGGAGCCUGGCAAUUCAGCGCAUUCGUGAAGUAUACGUGGAUGCAUAUCGAACGAUGAUUCUUGAUUCGGAGAUGAGGCAUGUGAGUACCAGCUCUACCACUCACCUAGAACUUCUUCUGAGGGUGCUACACUGUUCGGGCUGGAUGCGCCGGUUAUGGACGCUCCAAGAAGGGCUGGCCGCUAAGAGCCGGCUGUACGUGCUGUUCUCUGACAAGGCAGUCAACAUUGCCACUAUUGCUGAUGAGCUCCUGACCAAGCUUGACCGAGGAAAACUCCCCAUCAUGCAGGAGAGGAUUGCCAACUUUGCCAUGGGUGUUUGGUUCACUUUCUUUAAACAUACCAUUGACUCCACAUCCAAAUUUGAACGCUUCGUCAGCUUGGUUGCUAGUCCUUUCGAGAAAAGCGACAUUACAAAAGAUCAACUAAUUAGAUGGAAUUGGUUUAAUGUAGCCACGCGAGCCACCAGCAAGGCAGCCGAUCGCCCAAUCAUUCUCGCGGGCAUCCUCAAUCUCGAUGUGAAGGUAAUCCUCGAGGUCAAGGGCUCCGAUGAGCGGAUGCGGAAAUUCUACAGCCUGAUUGACAAUUUUCCGCAAGGCGUGCUGUUCCAACCCGGGCCACGGUUUGAAGAAGAGGGAAUGCGCUGGGCGAUGAAGGUGUGUCAAUAUACCAAAGAAAUCCAAUACCUCUCGGGCGGCCCCGGAAAGAUUACACCGCGAGGACUUCAGAUCACACUCUAUCCGUCAUGGUUGUUCUCAUCCCAAAAGUACCAAAUUGUCAUCCCGCAAGAGAGACUAACCCUCCGCGGUUGA